AUGCUGGAAAAACAGGCUCGAUCGACAAUCCGAAGAACUCGUUUCAAUGAAGCCAGUUGUGUAAUGUACAUGAAUGGAAAUCGUCCGGAGACCACAGUGGUCAGAAGUCAUUCGCUGACACACAGCCAAUCCGUCAGCGAGUCUGAGUCUGCCAUUCGAAAGCUGAAAAAAGAAAACCACUGUUUGAAAAAGACGUUAUCUCGGAGGUGGUCCGGGCGGAGCAGAGCAUCCACUCGAUCUCAAGAACCAACAGAUGUGACCAGUUUAAGCGAUGAUUCUGAUGACAAUGACGAUAGUUUGUACCUUCUCCGUGAAACAUCUACACUGCAUGGUCUCCGAGACGUUAUGUUAUCAUCAUCUAAGAACCUCAGACUUGUUUGGGUACUUAUUGUCAUCAUAGCUCUCGCAAUGACACUUCAAGGAUGCUAUCAGAUUAUAAAUGAAUUCUCCAUGAGGCGGAUUGUGGUUUCUUAUUUUAUCCAAGAAGCUGAUUCCAUAUUCGUACCUGAUGUCGUUGUCUGUCCGUACAAUCGUUUCAACCGAUCAUACUUUGAAGCAAAUAAUGUGUCAUUCGAGUUAGCUCAAUUCCUAGAGCUUUCAUUCCCUUCCAUAGAACUGCCAUUCGAAAAUUUAUUGAGGAAAACCGAAGAGAUACUCAAGAAAAUUGAUACCUUGGAUUUUCAACUUGAAGCUUUAUUAUCCCAAAAGAACAUGACUUAUGCUAAAUUUCUUCGGAAAGCUUCAUUGAAUUGUGAAGCAUUUUUCCAAGAUGCGUCUCGAUGUGCCAAUAUAACAGAAAUGAUGACAUCGGCUGGAAAAUGUUUCAGACUAGCAGGUGUUAAACAGGCAAGUCAAAAAACUGUGUUCGAAAAUGUGACAUUAGAAAAACUUGUUUUUCAGGAGGCAAGUGGCUUUGGUAAUGGAGACAGAUACAUUAUUGAUCUACCAGAAGAAUACUACAAUCCCGGAAUCAAUCAAAUGAUCAACAGUGGUGUAAUCAUUAAGCUAGCAGAACGUGGACAGGGUAUUGACAAUGAUCUUACUUUCCUUCCAGCAGGAGUUCAUGCUAUUAUGCCAUUGCUGGGAACACAAUUUGAAUUCAUGAACGAUCCACCAAGAUAUGAAUGUGAAGAAGACCCACACAAAAACUACAGUCGUGUUCACUGCUAUGAAGACUGCUUGACUUCUGAUGCUCAACACUUUUGCCAAUGCUCUCCCGCUGCUGCUCACAAUCCAGGACAUCCGGACAAAAUAUGCACUGCGACUCUUCUUUAUCAUUGUUUCUUCCCCAAUCUGUUCACAGACGAUGGAAAAAUUCCAAAAGCAAAAGUAGACGCUUGUAAGAAGAAAUGCAAGGCUCCGUGCCAUGCUUGGAACUAUAACAAACAAGUUAGCUAUUCCAGCAUUCCAAGCGAAUCGAGCAAAGCAUUGAUCUCAAAAGAUGAAUGGAACAAAAUGAAACGUCGAAUUAUUCUAGAUAUUUACUAUUCUCAAUUGGAUUACACAAUCAUUAAACACGUCAUCGCUAUGCCACUUUCCAGUCUUGUUGCUCAAAUAGGAGGUCAAUUCUCACUUUGGGCAGGCGGAUCCCUCAUUUCGCUCUGCCAAAUCAUCAUCUACCUCGCUCGUUACGUUUUUCAUAGUGUAUGUGGAUGCACAUUCUCCAGCAAAAAGAAGAAACGACCAAGAGAAACAAGAGACGACCACGAGGCCCGUCACAGAAGAGACGGGAAACGACGUCCGAGAGAUUCUUCACACAAUAGGUCAUCUCCAAAACCUCACAAUGGGAAUGGCACCAGCAAAAUUGUAAAUAUGGAGAUGGUGACCACUCAAACGACAGAAGAAUCUUCUCCCAUAUGA